AUGACGUCCAGACUGAGCGAGCUGGGACAAGCGCACCUGCUUCACAGCAAAGACCUUACCAGGAUCCAAAAUGCGGUCGAUGGUGCCGUACCUUGCCCUGAGGAUGCAUGCGUUCUGGUCCUGGUCAAGUUCCCCGACUUUGUGCCAACUCGCGGCUGUCGAAGCACCAAAUUUCAGACGGGCAGGAUCCGUCUGACAAGAGACCAGGUCCUGGGCACGGGGUCAGAGCUCCUUCGCGGCAUGCUCGACAGCGAGACGCACCAACGACGAGCGAGGGAGGCAGCCGCGCCUCUGCCAGGAGGAGUGACACACGUCCUGGACCUGUCGCCGACCACUGACGAGCAUGACUUCACCAUGGCCCUUCAGCACCUCAGCAUCCCCGACGGCAUAAAGCUCUGGUACAGAUCCGUCUGCAUGGGAGUGUCGCCCCUGGCUGUUGCUGGCCAUGACGAUGCCUGCGACUGCCUCUUGCCAUUCAAAGAGGCGUAUCCGUUCCAAGAACCACCUAUCGCUAUCCAGGGCGAAGAGUCCCAGGCCUGCAUCUGGGAUGUGAACGCUUGGCCUCUCGAGGAGGACCGCGAUAUCCCUGACUUCUGCCAGACUCGAUGGGCUGCCAACACCAUCCGUCUCUUUCGGUCCAUCGCACAGCCUCCAGGCCGCAAAGAUCUCCUCAUCGACUCGGCUCCUCGAAUGUGGACGCUCGUGGGUCUGUUUGCCAAGUUUGAGAUGACAAACUACGACAUACUGCGCGAUGAGAUCACAGCCUGGUUCAAUGCGGAUCGAAACUACCUGAUCGUGGAGCUGCUUCCAGAAGAAACCCUGCGCAUCGGCCUGACCCUCAAGAUCCCCCUCCUGGCCGAGCCUGCAUUCCGCAUCUUGGUUAACGAGAGGGCCUUGGAGGUCGCAGGAGGUCAACCGCGAGCACAGCCCAGACAGACCAUCUUCGGCCGUCGAUGCUCAGACUUCUCCGGCACAGACACCUCCGAAGCAAUCUCGCGCAUUGUAGAGUACGCCGGCACCGCGAUGGCCGAUCGAUACAAGCUCGCCGUCGACAAUCUGCUGGGCGAUAAUGCUCUCGACAUUCUUCAGGUUCCUGAAUGGCAGGACCUCCGCAUCCUAGACCACGUGAUCCCCAAGGAUGAUGCUGUGGACGGUCAUUUUGGGCCUGUCCGUGACGCUUAUGACAAGCUGAUGAGUGGCAUCCGCUUCAAGUUUCACAACAUUGUCAACAAAGUCAUGUCGCUCCCGAGUUCAAAUCUGGGGUCCGAGCUGUUCAGCGCCGAGACGUGCGAGCCCGGCGCAAACACAAAGAGCCUGCUGGACAUGGUAGAUGGCUUGCGUGCUUAUUCGGUGCCCCAGAACGAGCUGAACAGCUCGCAACACUUCCCCACUAUCUACCACCGCCUGGGGAUGUACCAGCGUGCUUUAUGCCCCUUCAUCUGGAAGGAGCUUGACUCCAUCAGCACGGACGAUUUCCCCAAGUCUGACAUAAUUUGGGACGCCAACAUGUUCAUUGUCAAGCUCAACAGAGCUACAGCGGCCGGUGACCUGCCGGAUCUUCUAGACCAGCAUCGCGCCCGGGCAGCGAAUGCCAACCGUUUCAUCGCGCAGCUCCUCGAGCACGUCGUCGACGGGCUGUGCGCCUACGUCGGCCCCCUGUUCGAGCGCGAUGAGGCUUCUUUCCUCUACGCCCUCCACCCUCACCUCGUCCUGACCCCAGACGACCACGAGAUGAACUUCCUCCGCCUCGUCGACGAUGAGACGCGCUUCGAGGCCCCCGUCCCAGAGGCAGACUACGGCCCGAACGGCCCCGGCCCGGCCUUCCACACCGGACACACCCUCCCAAGCGUCUCUGACCUAAACUUUGAGGACCUGUCCGUCCGGUCCACGUCGGCGGUAGGCGAGUCGGACGACGGCGCCAGCACCGUUGUCGGCUCAGCCGUCGCGCAGGAUGGCUUCUCUACUGUCUACAACAGCCGGCGCGUCCUGGCCCGAUCCGACGAGCCGUCUGUCUCGUCGGAGCACUUUACGGACGAGGGCAUGAGUGCCGACUAUGCUGAUGCCGAGUAUGCCGUUCCCGCGGCGCACCAGGCCCGCGGCCAGGUCCUCGCUGGCCUUGUGGAGGGGGCUUACCAGGAGCACAAGGACGAUGACCCGAUGGCCGAUCCUAACGAGCUGCCCGAUGACUUCUACGAGGACCUCGAGUCUGAUUUCUUUUGGGGAACUGACGAGGAGGAGGAGGAGGAGGAGGAGGAGGAGGUGGUGGUGGAGAAGGAGGACGAGAAUGAAGAUUUCGAGGUUGUUGGUGCAGAUGAAGACAUGUAA